GGUAUCUAUGCACCACACGGGACCCUUGGACUGAAGGUCGUCAAGUGUGAAGGAAGUAUGUUUCAGCAUGAAUAUCGUGUCGACCUCUACUGGCGAGAGGGGCAAAGGCCAAGGGACCAACCCAAAAUUCAGAAAAUUUCCUUCUAACCAAGGGGACAAAAAAAAAAAAAAAUUUAGUGUGAAAAGGGUCCAAAAUUUUUGGUUCACCUAGGGUCCAAAAAAAUAUUGAGACGGCACUCUACGCGGGCUUCAUCGUUAUAAUAUCUUGAAGGGGACAAACUUUCAUCUCGAUCACCUAAUCAAAUACAACAAGUUGAUGAACGCCUUGUCCUCUUACUACAUUACUUUGGUGGCUUCUGAUCCAGCUAGCGGCUCCGUACUAACCUUCCAAGUUAAAGUUGACGAAAAUUGGCUUCACCGUUUAAAUUUGACUGUCUCUGUUGCUAGACCUAAAGGGACCAUGGAGCCGCUCCCGCUUCAAGAUGACCUGAGAGCCGACAGAGUGCUUCAUGAUUUACACGAUGACGAUGGAUUGUCUGCGUGGCCUUCAGAGGAUGCUUUCAAUGAUACAAACCGAUUUCACAUAAUGGAGGAAUCAGAGUUGCUAGACACUGACUGGAUUCGCCUAUAUGUGGAACUUUUACUUUGUUCAAAGGAUAGGUUGCUCAGAGACAGCGACUUGUCCAAGUUGAAGAUUGUGAAAGUGGCGGUAGAAGCUAGUAAUGAAGACGUGGAGCCGCAGAGUGAGAGACUCAACGCCGCCAAAAGCGCAACUUUCUACAUAACUUUUCGCUUGGGCAUUUGGGGGAUUAGAGAGCAUGUUGAACGAAGAGCUAUAGUUAGAAGACUCAUCAGGUGA